AUGGCCAUCGUAAUGUUGGACCGCCACAUCGCCGGCAUCGCGCCAGUCCCCGUGUCGUUUGAGACCGUGCCCGCCAACGUCAACACGUGGGUCCGUGGCUGGGGCACCACCAGGUCGUCCGGCGGCACCCAUUCCCAGGUGCUCAAGGAAGUGAGUGUUCUGACGUGGGACAACGCGCGGGCCGCAGCCGCAUUGGACAGCAGUGUCGACGACUCGAUGUUGCCUGCGGGCGGCAAGCGGGGCGAAGAUGCAUGCCAAGGCGACUCGGGGGGCCCGCUGACGAUCGAGGAGAACGGAGCGGCGCGCUUGGUGGGUGUAGUGAGCUGGGGUCUCGGCUGCGGCAACCUGAACAUGCCUAGCGUGUAUGGCCGUCUCAGCGCCGCGCGCGGGUUCAUCGAGCCGUACUUGGCAAAGAAGAACUUGCGCGUGCAGGUCGAUAGUGAUGUGUCGUCCCUCUAG